GAUUACUAGCCUUCCAGCCUUCCAACUCCCAGUCCAGCCUAUUGCAGAAAUCAAGCUGACCCGCUGCCUGCUCCAGCCCAGGGAGUUGUAGUAUCCAGCAGUGAAUGUGUAAGAAAUCACUUUGUACUGGCAGGGACUGAGAGCUCACUGCCCCACAACAGUGCUUCACUAGCAGGAUACUUCACACGACCGCCACAAUGAACAUCUGCGUCGUCCUGGCACUCAUGAGCCUCAGUUUCAGAGGGGCUGAGCUCCUGUCUGUGGUCACUAUAAACAAAGUGAUGCUUCAGAUUGAGCCUUCCAGCCCUGUGCCAAGUGGCAGCAACGUUACCCUGACCUGUUCUCUCGACAUCAGCACUGCCGAUCCCAGCCAGUCUCACCCUUGCCAGUACACCUUCUACAAGGAGGACCAGAUUGUGUACACGAAGAACGACACCAGUGACAGACUGCAGUACAGGAUCGCAGCAGCCAGGGUGUUCCACUCAGCCAGCUACAGCUGUGAGGUCAGAACUGAGGGGAAGAGAAAGAGGAGCACCCUAGCACCACUCUGGGUGACAGGUCUGCAGCAGCCUGUUCUGACUCUGAACCGCGACACAAUCCGAGAGGGCGAGGAGGUGACUCUCCACUGUGCUGCCCCCGAGGAACUGGGAUCCCUCAUCUUCAGCUUUUACAAAAACUUGUCAAAAACCCCACUUAAAAAGCUCACCAAGGCUGUUAAUUUUGCCCAGACCUCGUUUAAUUUUGAACCAGAAGAAAGAACCGCAAGCUUUUAUUGCACUUUCUCAGUGACCACGGAGCCUGAUGCUGGAGUAUCGCCCCCUAGUGCCACGAGGAAUGUCACGAUAUCAGAAAUAUUAAAUAAUCCUAUCAUGGACAUAAAACCGUCCCAGAAUGUAACAGAAGGAGACACGUUUGAGAUCAUCUGCAGGGCCAAUGACACAACCAGCACUGCCAAGCAGCAGAGAAAUUACCUACGAAGGAAAAAAGACAUCCUGACUCAUAAAACCGGCAGUGCAAGUUACAACAGCAGUGCUCAGUCACAGGACUCGGGGGACUAUGAGUGCAUAUCCGAAUUGAACAAUGUGCAGAGAUCAACUGUCAAGACCCUUCGUGUGUCAGAGUUGUUUUCUAAACCAGUCUUGCUCGCUGAACAUCAUGAAAUAAACGAAGGCGGCCGGUUGAACGUGACCUGCUAUAGCAGGUACAGCGCUGCACAGAACCUGUCCACUGUGCCGGAACUCAAGUACGCACUUCUCAAGGAUGGCGCUUUAAAAAGUGCUGCCGCUGACCAGUCAGGCUACAUGAAUGAGAAUACCCCUGCAGCCGAGGGAGGGCUUUACUCCUGCAAUGUGACUGCAAAGGGAAUAACCAAGAGCAGUGACCCGGUCCUUAUCAAAGUGUAUGUUCUAGUGACCAGUCCCAUUCUGAGUGUAAUUGGAUCUUCGGAGGUCCUUGCUGGGAAGGCUGCGAGACUGAAGUGCCACUCUGAAAAGGGAUCGCCUCCCAUUACUUACGUCCUGCUGAGAGGAAACCAGACUGUGAGCAUCCUUGCAGUGAAGCAGGAGGUGGCCGUGUUCAACGUCGUCAUGUCAAACACAAGUGGCUCCCAAGAGUACAGGUGUGAGGCUCAGAACCGAGGAGCCAGCAGUGCCAAGCUCAGCAACGCAGUGCGAAUCACAGUCCUCGUUCCAGUGUCCGGUCUAACGCUGAUCAUGAUCCCUGAAAAUGGGGUGGUCUCUGAAGGGGAGGACCUGACUCUCAUUUGUGCCGUCGCUGACGCCACUUUCCCCGUCACCUUUCAGUUCUUCAGGGAUGAAGAAGAGAUUCCUUUCCACACCACAACCACAAAUUCCAUUAUAGUCUCCCAUACUGUGCUUGUUGGCACAGAGCACAGCGCAGAGUACUCGUGCAAAGCAGCAAACAAAGCCAGCACAAGCAGAAAGAGCAACCGAGUGUCUGUGACUGUAACAAUGGCCACAUGGAAGAGAAUAUUAAUCGUCUUGUUUUGCAUCGUGAUUAUUGUGGCUGUCGUUGUGUUCUGCAUCAUUGGAUAUAAACGCAAACAGGCUAAAAAUGAGACCAGCGUGGAAAUGGCAGGCUCUGAACGUACUGAUGCAGUGAGAAAUGUCUUUGAAUUAUCCAGCGCUAAUAAAGGCGCUGAUCAGCACGGUGAUGUCAAUGCAGUGAGAGAGAGCAUUGGAACUGAAGGUACUGCUUUACUAAACCCUGCUUGCACAGCGCCCAGGGUGUAAGAGACAGGCUCCGGCCAGGAGCACAGUGAUUCACACUGCCUUACUAAACCCUGCGUACACAGCUCCCAGGGUGUAAGAGACAGGCUCCGGCUGGGGGCACAGUGAUUCACACUGCCUUACUAAACCCUGCCUGCACAGCUCCCAGGGUGUAAGAGACAGGCUCCGGCCAGGUGCACAGUGAUUCACACUGCCUUACUAAACCCUGCCUGCACAGCUCCCAAGGUGUAAGAGACAGGCUCUGGCCAGGGUAGGGAUCAGAGCAGCCCUGCAGCUGGGUUUUCUGGCACCAGAGACUGGAGGAGACAAGAAGGACAGAAGAGGAGAGAAAAAAACUGGAAGGCAGGGACAAAAUAAUCUCAGUUUCAUGGACUUCUUUCUGUUGUCAUGCCUUUUUAAAAAGACUCUCUUUAAACAGAAAAAAGAAAUAUUUGAAUGUCGUGUGUGUCUGGUAGUCCAUGUGCUGCAGCUGUACACUAUGUGAUUGUUUGUAUGCUAACGUUUCAUAUCGGUCCCAGCUGUACAAAACACUUUUCCUUGAAAAUAUCUUUUCAAAUAAAUACAUUUUUAUUUUGUAA